AUGACUAGGGUACAUCCAAUGGUUCCUCAGGGUUCUGAUAAAGAGGUAACUGAAUUACGCCACUCUUUCGACACACCAAUUUCUAAUGUGAGGAAUAUUCCACUUAGAGUGCUUCACGACUCGAUGGAAGUUAAGGAAAACAGCAACAACCUACAACCACACACUUCGUUUCUUCACGAGGAUUACACAUCUCAACAUGAUUUUCAAUCAGGAUCAAAUUUGAAUGUAUCUGGUAGGAAUGGAGGCAAAUUGAGUGGAGUAAAGAAGAAAUAUUCAAUGAAACAUCACUCUACUCAUGAAACGAGUCAUCUUAAUAUAUCGAUCAAAACAUGUCUGAUUGCAUUGAUUGCCUUUCUUGAAAUUUUAACAGUCCUAACCUUGUCUAGUAUAUGGAUUUCGUGUUUCCUUCCCUCCAUGCUCAAGUGGGGGUCUUCAGUAAGAGAAAAGAGUUUUGAUAACAUUAUACAAUUCACAAGGUCCACAUUGAAGGAACUGGCUCUGGUGACAGAAACAGAGAGGGAGCUGUUAUCAGAUAACUUUGACCCUUACAAUACACAGCUUGUUGAAAAACACAUGUUCAGACUAUUCAAAAAUGAGCUAGUGAGACAUCCAUCUCUACCUGUAACCUUGUAUUUAGGUGACCACACACGAUACAAUUACGGUGUUAUGCAAAUGGAUGAAAAUACUUUGGCAGCUUUUAACAUGGAUUCAUACUACUAUUGUCAAGAUUACCUGAAUAAUGAUUUGUGCGUUAGAAACAACACACCUGAUGAGGUAUUGGGUGAGUUUGAUAUGACACCAAUUUUGGAGGCUGCAAGUCAAGCACCUGGCGGGUCACGAUUCACAUUGAGUUAUGCUGACAUUUCAUUGCCUAGUAUCACAUUCAUCACAUUACUAUCAAUGGUGAAAAAUUCUACAAAUCCUUCUGAUUUUAUCUUUUGGAUUGGCUACGAUGUCUCUGUUCAGUCUUUUUCAAUAUAUCUGAACUCUAUCACAAAGGAUACUCCUGGAGCAAUUGCCUUUACUAUAGAAGUUAUGACUGAUUAUCUUAUAUCGAAUUACAAUCCAGAUGUAUCUGUAGCAUCUUGGGAUGAAAAUGAAGAGGAAACAAGAGUGACAGCUCGUACAGUAACUGAUAAUGGAACCAAUCUCAUUGCUGAACAUGUUUACAAACUGUAUCCAAAUUUAACCGAUAUAACUUGUAAUGAGAAAAUAUUGAUGGAAGUAGAUGGAUACUAUAUUUCCAUGUAUCGAUUAUGUACUAAUGAGAACAUUGAUUGGCUUAUUGUUUUUGCUGAACCAACAAUGAAUUUUAUGGAAGCAAUCAUUGUUGCUGUAAGCGCUGCUCUAGGUUCAAGUCUAGUUAUCAUUAUUAUUAGUAUUGGUAUCGGAGUUUACAUUGCCUUCAAGAUUAUUCAGCCAUUCUAUGAUUUGAUAUUUAACUUUAGUGAGGUUUCAGAAAUGAAACUUGAAGGACUUUCUUUUGAGACGAGCGUUUUCAGAGAAGUUCAAAUUCUUCAGGGACAUUUUAAGGGGAUGGUUGAAAAAAUCAAACUCUAUCGUUGCCAUUUAAUUUCAAAGAUUGAUGGAGAAGGAGAGGAUACAGAAAAGAGCAGAAAAUCAAAAGAAUCACAAAGUAAGAAUAGCCUUUCUUUCGAGAAAAAGAUUGAAACUUCAGACAGUUUUACAAGUAUCGUCAGUAUAAAGAAACCUCAGGUAGAUACAAUGGCAAGGUUUGCUCUUCAUUUGGAGAGUAGAAGAGUUACCUUUGCAUGUCUUCACAUAGAGGGAAUGGGUCGCUGUAUCACAACAAGCUCCUACACAGAAAUAGUCAGCAUUUUGAGUGAAAUAUUCAAGUAUGUGUACGAUAUUAGUAAAUUGAGUGGAGGUUCUGUUGGAAACUUUGAAAGCGAAACUGUAUUGAUUUCAUUCAAUUCCAAUGCAGAGACGUCUGCAGCAGAGAAGAAGGCAGUAGUGUUUGCAUCACAAACAGUUAAAAAGCUAAAUGGGUUGAGUACCCUUAAGAAAUCAAUCAGUGGAAGGUCGUCGGAAAAGCCAAUUGUUUUCAGAGCAUCUGUCCUGUCUCAAUAUUGUUGUUGCGGUAACUUGGGAACGAAUGAAUUUAAGAAUUUCACGAUUGUGGGAAGUUUCAAACAAAACUUGAUCAUGAUGAUUGAGCUGGCCCUUCGAUUGAAUAUUGAACUUGUUGUAACAGAAGAUAUUCGUACCAAGACUAAUAUUGUCUUCCAACACCGAUACGUAGAUACAUUACAAUUCUUAACUGAGACGCAGUAUGGACUUCCUGAGCUAGAUAUAUCAAUAUUCAAAAAUUGGGUUUUCUCUCAAGCUGUUGAAUAUGGCAACUUGAAUGUUUCGAUGGAAACAGCCAACAAUUCCUUCCUUAAACAAAACACUGAUGUCAACAUUUACGAAUAUGGAGAAUUUAUGGAGAUAAAAGAUGAUGAAUGGAUGUACGAAUUGGAGGAAAAGAAGAAGAGAAAUGAAUGGCAGCCAUACAUUAAUGCAACAAGUUUGUAUUGGGAAAGGAAGUGUGAUGAAGCAAUUGCAAUUCUGAAUGAGUUCUUGGAUAAAUCAAUAGAGAAUGGAAAGGCUGACUUGCCAACCAUUAAUUUACUGGAAAAGAUUAAGAGACAAAUUGAUAAGGAACAAGAAAGCACACAAUAA